AAAAGUGCGCGUUCACGCCCAGCGGGGCGGUGAAGGCGGGAGCGCGCUUUCACAUGUCUCGGUACUGGUGUGAGCGCGCGCGCUUUCAGGGUCGCGUGAAAAAAGCUGGAAAAUGAAUACUGGGCUUCGAUACUUGAUCCUCGGCGUUGUCACGUCGCUUGCAAAAGCAAAGCCGUAUCAGACGGAUAAUGCGUGCAGGAACAGCGCUACUGAAUACCUGUUCGGCAACCUCUGCUGCACCAAAUGCCGUCCUGGUACCCGAAAGGUGAGUGAUUGUACCAGCGAGAAAGAUACGGUGUGCGAGGUGUGUCCGGCUGGAAUGUACUCCGAUAACAUGAAUUAUUUCCCAAACUGCUUCUCAUGCAGCAAAUGCCAGGAAGACAGGGGCAUGGAAUACGCCAAGCAGUGCUCCAAAAACAGUGACGCAGUGUGUGUGUGUAAGCCUGGGUGGUUCUGCGUUUUUCCCGAGGAAUCUUCGUGUAGUACUUGUGAAAAGCAUAAGACAUGUGGUCCUGGCAAAGGAGCUGUUUCACCAGGAACGCCAACAACAAACGUCAAGUGUGCUCACUGUCCUCCAGGAACAUUCUCUAAUGAAACCAGUUCGCAGCCAUGCCGGCCACACACUCGGUGUGAUUUGCAGGGCAGGAGUGUACUGAGUCAGGGCACUCCCAAAACCGACACGGUGUGUGGUCCGAUUCUGAGCAUAAUCCCAAGCCGUGUUUCCAUUCAUCACCAUCCCACCACAACCAAGGCUACUUCUUCACCCCCAGAGACCUCCACGAAGCCUCCAAUCCUGGUUCCUCAAGACACAUCACAGAGCACGUCCGCUGUGUUUUCAGCACGCCGUCCUGACAACAUCGGCUUAUGGAUCGGUCUGCCUGUCGCUGUGUUGCUGGUGGUUUUGCUGAUAGCAACUUUCUGUAUUUGUCACAGGAAAGAUCUAGUUAAACCUGCAGUCCAUGAUGGCAUUGAAGCAGGACAGUGUUCAAACUCAGUCCACUCCAGCCCGACAGAAAACCAGGGACUGUUAGCGGAUAGCAGCGACCCGUCCACUUCAUCGUCCUCUGACAGCCACAGCCAGGGCACGGGAGUGAGUCAGGACUGCCUCCAUGUCGAGCCACCCCCUGUCUCCAGCCCUGUCGUUAACGUCAGCAUCACGGCCACGUUUAAUUGCCAGGUGACCCCAACCACAGGCUCCUGCUCCAUUCCCAUCAGCCCCAGCGUGCCCCCGCCGGAGCCCGAGUUUCCGCUUUCUCAGGAGGAAGAGCUGUGCGUGUCCUGUGAGCAAGAGGACAGCAAAGACGCGAUACAGUCAGUGCAAGAGAGUGGGAUGACUAAGUACUGAAGACAAGGGGGAAAUCCGCUAGCUUCUCUUGCAUGUUAGCAGUGAAUGUUUAAUCUCAGGCUGAGUGUGUUUGUGUGUGAAAGUGUGUGUGUGUGUGUGUGUGUAUGCGUGUGUGUGGUGGGGUUUGGUGCUGUAGUGGAUCAUCUUCCAGCAUCUCUAGUCAUGUGUAGAUUUUAUUUCACAUGCAAACCCUGUUUUAGAGUCCACUAGACAACAGAAAAGGCACAAAUGCACCCACACACUUACCAUCAAAACACAUAUAUAUGAAUAUGCAAAUGAAAACCCUACACACGUCCACCAACACACUUCCCCUCAUACACUGGUGUUGAAUGCAAGGACACAAAGUAGACAGGGGGCUAAGGGAAACCCCCCCUGGAAUGAAAUUUGUCCGAGGGCAGUGUGGAGGAAGAAGGCCAUGCAUUAGCCGGGCAGCGUUCAUUUGCAUGUUUUAACCUAACAGGCUCUUAAAUUUUAUGACGCAAAAACAUUUGCAUACAGAGAAAAGUUCUGCACUGUGACUUGUCUGUACAAUCGACCAAAUUCCCCUGAAGUGAGAAAAUCAUUUGUGUUAUUGUGCUAAAGCUUUAACACGGUAUUUGACUGAGCCCCCGGUGUUUGCGUGGGUUUCCUGCAGGCUUUCAGGGUUCCUCCCACCUCUCAGAAACAUGCGGGUAGGUGGACUGCCUCUGCUGAAUUGUCUCUAGGUGGGAACAAGUGUGAGAUUUAUACAUGUAGUGCUCCGCGAUGGUCUGGUGUCCCAUUCAGCGUGUAUUUCCUCCUCAUAUAGGCUCCAUGAUCUAAGAGCUUACAGAAUGGGAUGGAUGUGCGAACCCUUGUUUUUUUCUCUUCCUUGGGAAAAGGCCAAAUGGACUGGAUAUACGAUGUGCAGUUAAAAACAGAGCUCAGGGGAGAAUGCUCUAGGCUAUCAUCAGAACAAUCACAUCAUUCAUUAGUUUAGCUAAGGAAGGCUCAGGUGUUCCAGACUCUCCUUCUUUCCUUCCUUUUUGGCAAACAUUAAUGCUUUAAAGUGAUAAUGUUCUCCUGAAUGUAUAGCCUAGACAGAAUUCAAAAGGAAACUGAAUGCCUUUGUUUGAGUGGCAAAUGUCAAACAACAAGUAGGCGAGUUGCACUUUACCCACUCAUUUGCUCUGAGGAAGUAUUGUGGUCUUGCACUGUACAUAAAUAAGAAAUGGAAACUACAUGUGGAUCACUGACGCCCCCCAGUGGUAUUUAAAACAAAUGACUUCAGUGCAGAAUGUAAUGUUACUUACCUAAUGUGUCCAGCUUUUGUAAUUAGCUCAUCUCUUCCUGCAAAUAUGGAACAUUUAACCCCCUGAACUCUCAGUUACACAUCAUUCCAUUGGUCUGAGUGUAAAUUUAGAGUAGUUACAGAGUAAUAUACUUUAAAAUAAAUAACUGAACUGUAACCCAAUCAUUUAAGGGGAUAAAAUUAAACAAAUUUUUUUAUGCUUGUUUAUUUUUGUACAGAGAAACAUUUUUUUAUAAAGUAUAUGUGUGUGUGUGUGUGUGUGUGUGUGUGUGUGUGUGUGUAUACAUGUAUAGAGAGAGAAAGAGAGAGGAGGAAUGAAUAAAUGUUAAAACUAUUUGUCUUAUAUUUGCUGUGCAGCUGUGUGUUAUAUUGAUUUUGUUUUUUUUUAAUUUACACAUUGUUUAACAAAUCAUCUUUGUAAAUACAUUUCGUGCUUCCCUCAUGUCUCACAUGCUGCUGCUGUUGUCUGGAAAAAUUACAGCUCGCAAUAACUUUAUUUAUGUCCUUUGCAUCACUUAGGAGGGCUGUGUGAGAACAUGGGACUCUCACUUGUAGCUACCUCCAAAGUCUUUCAUUUAACUUUGACCUCGUCUUUAAUCCUAAAGCUCAUUGAUGCUAUCUGGUGUUUCUCACAAGCCUGUUACAUUAGUGAACACACACACACACACACACAGAGAGGAUUUUGAUCAGAUCUUGGCAGGAAUGCCACUCAAUCACAUCCAGGUAUGGAUUGAUGGAGUUAAAGAAUCAUACAGAAGGAUCUUUUUAGUAAAGUAUGAAGUAUUGAUUG